CAAAAACGAAAGUAGCGAAUGGGUUACUCAACAAAUAGAGUGUAGUAGCCGGCCCUUCUACUUCUUCGUUUAAGUUAAAGUCAAGUGUGCCUCUAUUUCUGAGAAUAUGUUUCAAAUGUAUAGGCCUGAUUAUUCUAGCUAAUUUAAUUUUAAAUAAUCAAGACCAAUCAGUACAAUCACAAUGCCAAUAUUAAAUGUGCGGAGUAUUAUUAUAAGAAAUUAUGGUCAAAAGUUGAUUGGGCAAAUAAAACACCAUGACCAUAAUUUUUAUAAAAAUAAAGUAGACCUUCAUUGUUUUGUUGUGUGUAGGCCAAAUAAACAAAUUACACAUUCAUUGCAAUUCAAGAGACUUAUCUGUACUUUGAAAAAGCGUGUUGACCAUAUGAAAUUGCUGUUGCAGAAUUCAGCAAAAUUAUUAAAUAAACCCAGCAAACUUUCAGAAACUCUGUUAUUUUCUUUUAAGGCAACUGAAACCAGCACAGGUAGCUUACUUACUUACCCUUGAAUUUUUGUGUUAAUAAAAUUAUUUAUUAAAUAUAAAUUUUAUUUUAUCAUUUGCAAGUUUUAUAUGAAAAGCAUAACUUUAAAAAAUGGUAGACAAAUAAAAGAGAUAAUUGCUAUACUCUGACUAUACUGUACUGUACAAGGAAAAGAAAUUGUAAAAAAGAAUUUCUUGGUCAUGGUAGCUGAUGACAAUGUCAUUGUAACUUUAAGAAAAUAAUUUCAAUUUGCAUCCAGUAGAAACGAAAAUUGCCAUUAAGUGUGCUUAAUUUAACUAUACGGUUGGUAGAAUGUAAAACAAUGCUGACAACAGCAUUUAUAAAUAUAUAAAUCGAAGUGGCGCCGGACGUGUAGUGCGCAAGAUAUACGUCCGGCGGCUUGUGACGUGACCGCCGGACAUGGCCGGACGGCUAGUAGUUUUUAUAAUUCCAAACGAAGUACGGUUUAUUACAUCUUGUCUGGUCUUGUGGUAGAGUGGUUGCUUGACUAUAGGAAGGUUUGAGGAUCUAUACUGGGGAUAGGGUCAUUUUUUUUCUUCCCAUUUUAAUUAAAAUAUUUUGUAUAUAUUUAUAUUAUCAUGUUCCUCAGCAACAGUAGUUUCAUGAGAAGUUUUUAAAUAUUUUGUAGCAAUUGAAAUAAUUUAAAAUGAAAUCUUUUUCUUCCCAUUUUAAUUAAAAUAUUUUGUAUAUAUUUAUAUUAUCAUGUUCCUCAGCAACAGUAGUUUCAUGAGAAGUUUUUAAAUAUUUUGUAGCAAUUGAAAUAAUUUAAAAUGAAAUCUUUUAACUUUAACUUUUAUUGGUUGCCAACGCCUACUCCACACUGGCCCCUAAUUUAUUUUAUGGAUUACUGGUACACAAACUCAAAUAACAAACUAAACAAAAAUGUUUUCUAUUAUUUGCAUUCAAGAUACUCAGUACAUUACUUGGUAGAGAAAUAGAUUUUAAAAUUAACAAUAGUUUUGAAUUAUUCGCAGUCAUGUGACAAGGCUGACCGACAAGAUAUCUCUCGCCACUUUGUUACGGCGGUCAUGUGACUUGGUCGCCGGACACAUAGUGCGGGAGAUAGACGUCCGGCGCGCCGGACGUGUAGACACUGCCUAUAUAUUUAGCAUAAUAAUAGAAAAACAUACAUUUUGGAAUUGUAAAUGUCAUAAUAUGAAAAGGAGGUUAUCUUCCAAACACCAGUCGCAAAUGUCAAAUAGUAUAAUUUUCUUUAAUAAGUGCCUGGCUAGUAGCCAAAUAGCCAUCCAUAAUUGGUGUUAUAAUUAUUUACAUCUAUGAAUCUGAAUAAAUGGAAUGGAGUUGUCUUGCAGACUAAUUGCUAGUAAUAAUAUACAACAAGCCAUACGAAGAAUGCAAGGUCUGGCACAUUGCAAGGGCAUAUAUUGACAUCAUUUAUGAUCGCAUGUAUGCCAGAAUGUAUGACAUAAUAAUUUAUGACAACUAGUAUGACAGUAUUCUUUGUUCAGUGUGUUUGCUAAUGGCACUGUAUUAAAGCGCACUGAUUAGUGUGGCUUGCUGAAGCCUCUGUGGGACAGCAUGCUUUGGUUAGUGUGGCUAAUAUCAAACAGCAAUGACUGCAACAACUGUCAAUGCCCCAUGUCUUUAAUACGACAUAUUAAGUCACAUGAUGGCUACUUAGGGAAAUGCCAUCCGUGCAAUAUGAGAUGCAGUAUAUGCAUCAAGUCAUUUUUUGCAAACUGUGGGCUUAGCACACAGACAAUCAUCUUGAUGAUAUUAUAUUGGGUUUAUGAAUUGAUAUGCAAGUAUGUUAUUCUUUUCAGCAGCAUUGAUAAUUCAGACAUCAUUGUAAAAUACAACAAACUUUUGCGAAUUGAGUUUUGCAAUUGGUUUCAAGUUCAACACAUUAAGAUUUGAGGCUUCAUUGCCACGAGGCUAACAAUUUACGUUGAAGUUGACAAAGCAUAUUACUUGUUAUUGGAAAUUUCAUUGUAAUCAUGGCCGAUACAGCUCUUUGGUUGUAGGAAAUGUUGGUUGGAAAUCUUGGUGCUGAGAAAUGCGGUGCUUUUCGCGUUUAUGGACAGUACUUGAAGUUGUUGACUGACAAUUAGCACAUUUUACCAUAUAUUUGAUAAAAAAUGAUUAAACUGCCAAAUUAACUUCUCAUUUGAUGCGUUUUACUAGUGUUUUGAAUUCAGGACUGGUGUUUUGAGAAUUAACUGAAAAGGACAUAAUAUUUGAGUUAGCAUCCCUUUUUCUUUAUUUCUUCUUAAAUCUGCUGUAAUUUAAUUAUAUGUUUUCAAACUAAUCAUCUACAGUGUUUACUUUGCAAUGGGAAAACCUUUUAAAACUACUUAAAAAUUUAAAUUGUAAAGAAAAAUACAGAAAAUAAUAUAACUGACAUAACAUGAAUUUUUAACUGACGUAGUGUGUCUGAAUGCAAGAAAUAAAUAAAAAACAUGAAUAGAACAUUCUUUGACAGAAUUAUAAAUACUUCACUGUAGCAGUUUAAAUAAACAUAAAUAAAAGGGUUUCAAUGCCUGUCCAUCAUAUGAAAUUGACCAUGAAAAUUGUCUGUCUAUAUUUUUUAUUAGGUUUAAAAAACAACAAAAAUUUCUAUUUUAAAAAAAUGUGCAGACUACAUGUUCUUAAUGGAAAAUGGCCAUCAGGUCAUGUGUAACACAAAACAAUUAUACCAAAAAUGAAUCCAUACCAAGAUGCAUGAAUUAAAUUUGGUUACCGGAAAUUUGUUUGAAAGAAAUUUCGUAUAGAAAAUUUGAUCGAACUGAAGUUUGUUUGGUCAAAUCUUUUUUUCGGGUCCACGCGGUAAAAUUUUGCUUCAAAUUUCUUUUUGAACGCAUUCUCUUGUUUUACUUUAUAGUAUAGUGCAUUCUAAAAGAAAUUAGACGCAAAAUUUUAAAGUGUGAACUGAAAAAAAAGAUUUGACCAAACUUCCGUUCAAUCAAAUUUUCGUUGAUCGAUUUUCUGUUGACAAAAUUUCUUUCAAACAAAUUUCCGCAUGAAAUUUAUGCAUAAAUUUAAAUAGUAACAAAUUUUAUGCAAUGUAAUUUUUGUAUGUUGAAUCCACUUCAGUUUUUUAGUGUGGCAUUGUUUGAUAUUAUUAGAUAUCCUCUAAUGUCCAUGUGUUACUGGCACAAAGACUAACUUUUGAAUCAUUUUCUUUCUAGCAACAUUUUGCUCUGAUGCAUCAUCAGGAAAUAAUUCAAAUCAUGAAGUGGAUGAUGAAGAAGAGUAUGGGCAAUACUUAAGAGAGAUCUGUGCUAUUCCCGGAAUGGGCCACAGAGUUUUAGUUAUUCAACCAGGUGAGGCAUAGUAAGAGAAAUUUAAGUAUUUAGCUUAUGACUUAGUUUUUAUAUUGUGAAUACUAAAGAUUUAACUAUCAAAUUAGUACUGCUGCAGUUUUUCAGACUGCAUAAAAAGUUAGCCUACAUUUUAUUUGUUUCUUUUAGUUACCUUCGGUAUGUCUUAUACAUUUCCUCAUGUCCUAAUUGUUUUUAAGGAAAUAUUUAAAACAGGAUGGGGAAAAAAACUGAAAAAAAAAGGAUGUAACAAAACAACGGUGUUGGCAAGAAGCCUUCUUUGGCUAACGUUAUAAACUAAGGGUAACAAAAAAAUAAGUCCGAGAAUUAAGAUAGGCAAUGCGGGAUGGAAGAGAGAAAAAGAAAGCACAUUGCGGUUGCUCAUAAGUAAUUGUUCUAAGAAGUUUUUGAUAGAUCAAAACCAUUCUUGCCAUUUUUUGCCUUGUCAUACGAUUGACUUUCAAAAUUGAACUUGAAAUAUUAUUUUAAUUAUUUUUCUACAAAGACAUCAAAUCUGGAUCAAGGCGAUAUUUAAUGACAACAAAAGAACUCAAACUGGCAGAAACAUGUGCUCUUGUCCAGACGUUACCAAAGUGGAAAGUUGUUGAUAUGGUAAACAUCUCACUGUAUUUUAUUAAUGUUGUAAACAUCUGGCUAUAUUUUAUUUGAUCUUCUGACUGACAUGUAAAUCAGGACAAACAUUUUCCUCUGAUGUAAAGGUCACAAUGUUAACAUACAACUAAAAGAUAUGCCCCUAUUAAAAAGGAAACUGUUCAAUGCAAAUUUUAUAUAUAGCCUUGCCCUGCUUUGCAUAUAAUUUUCUUUGCUAAUACACCAUUUUUAAUGACUUGUCUUUGAGCAAAUUUUUUUUUUCUUUUUACUUUUUUAGAAAAUUGUUAGGACUGACUCUGAGAACACACAGAGGGUAUUUGGCUCAGGGAAUUUUGAAACUCUUCUACACGAUAUAAAAUCCAAUAAUCAUAUCUCUGCUGUUGUCAUCGGGAUAGAUCGUCUGACAGGCUUGCAGAUAAAUACCUUGCAGACUGCUUGGGGCCUGCCUGUGUACGACCGUUAUACUAUUGUUCUGCAGAUCUUUAAAGAUCAUGCACAAUCUCCAGAGGCAAAGCUGCAGGUGGCUCUUGCGGAGAUCCCAUAUGUUAGGUACGUAUUUGAGAUGUUGUUAAAAAUGAUAGGUUAAAAAAAAUAUUAAGAAGUUAUUUAUUUUUAACUUUAGGUUAUUUUUAUUCAGAAUAUAUAACCUUUAUAUGAAUAUACCAGUGUAAAUAAACUCAUCAUCAUCAUGAAUGAUGCUACAGCACCACCACAUCCUUCCAUUCAGUACGAUCUGCAUUUUUCUUGAGGGUCCUUGUCUCACUUGCAUACAUCAAUCCUGAUCUUAAAAUAGUGAGGUAUAUGGUAUUCUUAGUUUUCCUUGAGAGGUUUCUGCUACCUAGUAGCUUUUGUAGACUGCAAUACGAACCAUGCCUGCUGUUAUCCUUUCUUUAACGUCAUCAUUAUUACAUGGUGCUCCUAGGUCAGGGGUGGGCAAAUUUUUUGUGCGGUGGGCCACAUUGACAAAUGUAAAGCUAUUGGGGGGCUGCAUGUAUAUUAUGUCCAAUUUUUACAUGUCGAUAAACAUUUCUCUAUAUUAAAAUCGACAUGACAAAAGUCAAGCACUGUUUAAAAAAUUAGAAAAUUAGAAAGUUGAUAAAAAAUAUUCAAACAAUCAUAACGGUACAUGAAAUUCUGUAAAAUUCAACAACAUAACUUAAAAACAAAGUGAUUUUUUUCUUUCUAAAUGCCUUCGAGGGCCGCAUAAUAUGAAUUGCUGCGCCACUGUAGUUUUCCCACCCCUGUCCUAGGUAUUUGAAUAUAUCCAUUCUCCCAAAGGCGUAUUUUAAAAAUUUGUUGUCAAAUGUAUGUCUGUUACCAGAGGUUGCCAUGCAUAAAUAAACUUUGGUCAUUGUAUAAAUAAUUCUUAUAUGUUUAAUCUGUCAUUUGACACCCAAAAGCUAAAAUUUCGAAUGAUUAAGUUGGUCCAUUUUUUUAAGAGUGUUCUCCACGAUGUUUACAUUGAAAAACAAUAACAGACAUCCUUCCAUAACAUGUUAGUCCCAAAGAUAGUAUGUUCUUAACCAAGUUCCAAAGAUAGUAUGUUCUUAACCAAGUCCCAAAGAUAGUAUGUUCUUGACCAAGUCCCAAAGACAGUGUGUUCUUAACCAAAUGAUAUUUUGAAUCUGCCUCUUAAUGACCUGAUACAAUUCAUGAACAAAGCUUUUCUACAUUUUGUCAUUUAUUUUUCUAUCUCAUGUUUCUAUGUUGUUUUUUUAAAAAUUAAUAUAAAAUAAAUAAAAUUGUCUUUUUGUUUGUUAAGAUCCAGAUUAGUGUUAAUACAUGGUGGUUUUGAUGCUGGGGUUUCUCACUUAGUUGGAGGGGCCACACAGAUGGAUCUAGACCGCAGAAGGUUACUACUGCAGGUAAAGCAUCAACAGUGUGGAGUGAUGAUACCGUAAACAUUUACACCUUUAUUUACACUCUACUAGUCGAAUAGAAUGCAGUUAGAAAUUAUACCCUAACAUGUAGAAGGAAGGUUCAAAUUUAUUAUUUACCUUUUCUGAACAUGGUUUUAACAUUGCUUAUUUAACUUUGGACGUAGAUAUCUGAUAUACAUUUAUAUGAUAUACUAACUAUAGCCUGCCAAACAAUGGCAGCCGCAAUGCUUGAACUUCCCAUAUACUAAAGUUGCUUGACAAAAUAUGCACUUUAUAAGAAUCCAAUAGUGUGUUGUUGCCCCGCACACUUUUUUUAUGCUCCUGAAAUAUAUCACUAUUCUAAUGUCACACCCCCUUUUAGAACACCAUGUUUAAAUCGAGACUAUUUCCAUAAAACAAAAGAAAAUAUUAUGCACCAAAUGGACUUAACAUUAUUUUAAGAAUCUCAUUUAGCCCAGUUAUUGGUAUUUUAUUUGUUGAAGUCAGUGCCAUGUGGUAGCGUUGGUGACAUUGUUACAUAGAGAAUUAAAUAUUUUGAUACAUGCACAGUCUAUUAUACUUUAAGAAUUUAAAUAGACAUCCCCAAUGUAUAAACAUAUUUACUUUUUGUAUUCUUAUAUUUCUUAUAUUAUGAUGCUAAGUAGACAUUUAUGAUAAUAUUUUACUUAAUGUAGUUUCUGUUUACUUUAGCGACGUGAGUCUAAAUUAAAGAAACAAUUAGAAACUUUACAUGGCAAAAGACAAGAAAUUCGAAGCUUGAGAAUUCGUAACAGUGUCCCUACUGUAGCAGUUGUCGGCUAUACAAAUUCAGGUUAGAAAGUGAAGUUCAAAUUGAGCUUUGAUAUUUUUUAUACGGUACUUUUAUAUCUAUACUAGCUUUCUAAAAAGCCUGUCUUUGCUUGGAUUUGGAUGAGAUAUGAUGUAGUAAUUAUUGGACAUAGCAGCAUUAAUUUUAUUUUUUUUAAUUCAGUAUCGGUGAUCAAGAGGUGGUCAGAGAGCUCCAGAAUCUAUGUUCACUAACUACAAAUAUGACUUGGGUUAUACCAUUUAGAUAUUGGUCUUUGACAUGGGACAAUUAUUAUUUUUGGUAGUCCUAUGGAUCAAAAAUAAGUUCUUCAUAAUAAAAUGUUAACAAUUUUUAAAAUUUCUUUUAAUUUUAAUUUACGUUUAGGCAAAACGACCCUUAUCAAAGCAUUGACAGAAGAUGAAAACUUAAUCCCCCAAAAUCAACUUUUUGCCACUCUCGAUGUCUCAGCACAUGAUGGUCUUUUGGCAUCAUUGAUGAAAGUCACAUAUAUUGAUACUGUCGGCUUUAUUUCUGACAUGCCCAUUACUCUACUGGAUGCUUUUAAAGCUACCUUACAAGAUGCAAUACAUGCAGUAAGAUUUUAACCAACUACUUCAGAAAAUUAUAAUGAAAAACAGUUACUAUUGUCAUAGAAAAGAUCAAAGGUGUAUUGUGCUUGGUAUCUUGUGAGACAUUUUAAAUAUUUUUGCAGAAAUUUAUUAAAUUAGAUCAAUUUGGUAACUGACUAUUAGUACCGGUAUGUCCACUGAUGCUGACACUUGGCCAAAAAUAGAUUUGAAAAUUGAAAUAAAGGCUCUAGGUUACAGUUACACAUUCCCAUCCUAUUCAGCUUAGGUCUGUGGCUCUUCAAAAGUUUCACCGGCUUUGGUUAUUUAAUAGUGUGUAUAUUGUGUUUUAUUAUUAAAUAUAUUUUGUAUGGGUUCAGCUAUCUAAAUAAAUAUUUUUAUGUAGUGGAAAUAUGAAAUCAAAAUAUAUAAAAAUUCAUGACAUGUGAGUACCAGUACCAUAAAUAGAUUUAUGCACUAAAUUUAACAAUCAUGUAGUAAAAAUUAAAAACAAUAAUUGUUAAAGUAUCAAGUAAAAGGAGUAGUUUAUUAUAUCACUUUCCUUUUUCAAUUUCAAGACCAUAUGCCCCUGUGGGGGCACAGCUCCCUAAAAAUACUUUUAUUUUAACAAUAUAUAAUUUUUCAAUUACAAUUUCCUUGAAAUGCAAUAUUAAAAAAUUGUUUGUGCCUCCUCUCUAGGAUGUCAUCAUUCACAUUCGUGAUGCCAGUCAUCCGGAUAGAAAACUUCAAGUGGUUUCUGUACAUAAAACAUUAGGGAGGAUGCUUCCUGAAGAGAAAAUGAUGUCCAUGAUAGAAGUUUACAACAAGAUGGAUAUAAUAUCUCCACAGUAAGUCAUUUAACUAAUGUACUUUUUUUGUUUGUGAUGUGUGAUCAAUUUUUUAUGGGCAGAAACAAAUGAAUUGAAAUAAUCCUAAAACUUUGUGGAGUCUAGCUGUGACUAAAUUUAAAUAAUUCUAAAAGUGUCUGGAGUCUAGUUGUGCCACCAGAAAUAAAACUGAACAAUUUUUAGCAAAAUGAUGUGUAUGUUUAUUUAUUCCAGGGAUGCUGCGAGUUUAGACCAGGAAAUCCUUCAAAUUUCAGCAGUCACAGGUCAAGGGCUGGCAGAAUUGGGACUUAAAUUAGAAGAAGCUUUGCUGUCCACUACCAGCCACAUGAAGAAAACUUUUCGUAUUCCUAACAGUGAACAAAUUUUAAGGUAUGCUACACUUGUGUUACUUCCCCACAUUAGAAUUAUUUCCUUAAUUUUUUUGUUGCUAUCAUCAUUUUCAGUCUAGUUAAGUUUGUUCCUACCUUGGAAGGAUAUCAAUUAAUGUAAUACUCUAGGUAUGAAAGUAUUGUAUAGUGGUAACUUGAUAAAUCAAUAUAAUACUCUAGGAAUGGUGUUAUGGUGAGUUCAUCAAUCUCUGGAUAAUAAGUCUAGGUCAGCUUGUCUUCCAAAUUCACCCAGUUUGGUGUGUUAGUGCAGGUCAUGACAGCACUAAUAGUAAAAUCCUCAGAUCCCUUGUGGUUGCUUCUAUUGAAGUGUUUAGAGAUGGCACAAUGCUUAUCUUGCGAAAUAUUACAGAGGUGUUCAGUGCAUCUGUCAGAGAAUCGGCGUCCUGUCUCACCUAUAUAUGACAUCUGGCAGCGGGUUCAAACUGCACUAACACAUCAAACUGGGUGAAUUAGGAAAACGAUCCAGACUUUUGGAACCUUGACACCACAUGGCCGGAAUGUCAUGUUCUCAUUCACCUGUUAAACCUUAACCCCCCCCCCCCCUCCUCAUUACGACCAACGCUGUGGACUUAUUUUUCCUCUCUAACACAUCAAACUGGGUGAAUUAGGAAAACGAUCCAGACUUUUGGAACCUUGACACCACAUGGCCGGAAUGUCAUGUUCUCAUUCACCUGUUAAACCUUACCCCCCCCCCCCCCUCCUCAUUACGACCAACGCUGUGGACUUAUUUUUCCUCUCUACUUUCCCUUUUUGCAUGUAUUUAAUCUCUCACCUAUUUAUUAUCUGUCACAUUCCUCUUGCUGCCCUAUCGUAUACUACAUUUCAGCUAAGUGUUAUUUGUAUAUAAUUCUGUUUUUAGUGUUGUUUGUUUGCUGAUGAUGAAGGCUUCUUGUCGACACCAUUGUUGCGUUUUUUUUCAGGGUUUUCACAUGCUUUGUUUCACUCAUUUCCAUUUUAGUCAAGUAAAUUUAGUAGGUGGGAAGUUCAUGCAUUGCCGCCGCCAUUGUUUUGCGGACUGCAACCAGUAAUCAAAAGUAUUUAUAUCUUUCCUAGAUUUUUGAGAAAAUAUCUAAAUAUGUCAGAACUAAGAAUAAAGGAAAAGCUGAAUCACUUCUCCUGUAUGUGAGAUCACAUACAAAUAAGGGAUACCUGUAAUUUUAUAUAAGUACAGUACUUUUUAAACAAAAUAAUUUACUAAGAUUUUUUUUGUACCGGUAAUAAAUAUUAAUAUGCUGUAAUCAGUUAUUCCAUCUCUAGGUACCUGCAUCUUAAUGUACCGGCACAUCAGUAUUACUGUUACAUGUGUUGUUCCAUUCAUAUAGCGCUCUGUACAUUUUUUGUUGUUGUUGUAUCUCUAACAUUUUUUCCUGCCUCCUUUUUUUUUAAAAUUGCCAUUACUUCAUUUUAUUGCACUGAUUCGUAAUAAAUGAAUAAAUGAAUAAUAAUAAUAAUGGAAUGAAAAUCACUAAAUAUUAUCUUGACGUCUCAGAUUGAUUCUCAAUUCUCCUUUUUGCAGCUGGUUGUAUCAGGAAGCAGCAGUUAGCUCUGCCCAUCCAGACCCAAAAGAUGGACAGUAUUUAAUUGUUGAUGUCAUUAUAUCCCAGCCUGCUUACGGAAAGUUUUGUGCCAGAUUUUCUAGAAAGAACGUACCAAAGACAACAGUAUGAAAAGUAAAGAAAGUUUUUGUUAAGUCUUACAUUUUAAUAAUAACUACCAUAUUUUAUCACAUAUAAUGCGAGAAAUUUAGUGUAAAAAUGUCACUUAAAACAAAGGCUUCGCAUUAUAUGCAUGUAUAGAAAGUUUUUCAUUACUUGUAAUCACUAUACAUUCUUUGGUGCCAUAUUCUUUAUCUAUAAAUGCCUAUGCAACCAAAUCUUCUUAGCCCAAUUGUAUAUGGUAACCGAGCGCCUAUCGUAUCUGUGCAUAACACUAGUAAUGAAAGCAGCAUCCCUUUGAUGGGAUAUUGGAUCACAUUAUACGUGGUAAUAUACAAUAUUUCAAGCUUAUGUUUUUGAAAGUAAACUGAAUUGUUUUUGUUGAAUUCUUUUAAUUCUUUCAAUGAUCAAAAAUAUUAUUGGUAAUUGAAUGUGUUACUGUGCCUCAUGGCAUUAUUUAUAGUAGUACAUAAGUUGAACAUUCAAAUUCGUAUGAUAUGUGUUUAAAUACAUUAAUUUUUUCUAUAAUCUACAUCUUUUCAUCUUACAUUAAAUCAUUUACUGUGGUAUUAUCUUGUUUCUAAAUGAUACCACACCAAUCUUUAAAAGAAGAUAAAUAUUAAACAUUCAAAUUUUAGUUCAGUUAUUUUUUUGACGGUAUUUUUAAACAUUGAAAUGAAAUUAAUAAUACGUAGAGUUGUAAAUUUUUCUAUUGUGUUAUGCAGUUAAGAUUACACAGAUAAAAUGAAUAGCAUAAAACACAAUGUUUUUUUUAAGGUAAAAAGCUUUAAUUAUUCAUACCCACAAGAUAAUUAUGUUAGUUGUUAUAAUCUUUAUGCUAUUCAAAGGAAGUAACUAAAAUUAAAAUUCUAGAAAUGUAUUCCAGAUGUGGUACAUAAUGUAAUUUUGUCCAGUUCUGCAUUUUAUGGUACUGAGUUUUUGUAGCGAAUUUUGUAUUUGACAAUUUUUAAAAAAUUCUGAAGUGCUGACUCUUUCUUUAAAAUACAGUAAAUAUGUGGAGAUUAACUAGGUCCUUCUGGUGUAAAGAAGCGAGACAAGUCUAGAGCAGUGUUCUGCAACCUUUGCAGUGCUCUGCAACCUUUUCCAGUCCAUACGGCACAUCUAGACUCUUCAACAAUUUCCGCAGCACCACAAUAAAAACAUGAACAAAACUCUAAACUGUUUUUCUGAUUUAACUUGGGC